AUUACAUGUUAAGCUGAGGGAAGGGUGCAGUUUAUGGAUUUUCACAACAAGGAGGCCUACUGUGUUCUUGAAUUAACUUAGUCUUAGAGUGAAUACAGUGAGGAUGGAGGUUUCUCCUGAAACAAAACUUAACCAGCAGUUAACAUUCAGUUACAAAAGCUUUGCUGGUUCAUUUCAAUUGACUGAUGGCUCAUCACCAAGUGAUUUCACCUGUGACUUGAAUAAAAAACAUGAUCUCAGCCAUCUCCCAAAGGAGAUCCAUCUGAAACAGCUGGCCUCUGGUAGCCCAAAUGUGUUUGACCCAAGCCUGUCCAACCUCAAAGAGACCAACAAGGACUUCUCCAAUCAGGGCAAACUCAUACCUGUCUAUGCUGUAUCUAUCACCUUUGCCAUUGGAGUGACCAUUGCUCUGAUCCUGCAUAUUCAUCUGGGGGAAAGUCUGGUGUUUGUAAAAGGCCUGUUGGUGUCGGAUCACGAGCGCUGCACUGCACUCGGCCAGAGAGUCCUUCAUGAUCGUGGAUCCAGCGUGGACGCAGCCAUCACUGCCGCCCUGUGUCUGGGUGUUGUGCAUCCACAUGUGUCAGGUGUUGGUGGAGGUGGGGUGAUGCUGGUUCAUGAUAUCAAUAAAAAUGAAACCAGGGUGAUAAAUUUUCAGGGAACUGCACCUAAAACACUCAAAGAGGAGAUGCUGCAAAAUGUUUCAGAACUAAAGGCAGGUCUGCACGUGGGCGUGCCAGGUAUGCUAAGAGGGUUACACCACGCUCACAGCCUGUAUGGGAGUCGAUCAUGGGAGGAUGUGGUCACUCGAGCCGCUGCUGUUGCCAAAGAAGGUUUCAAUGUGUCUUUUACUCUUUCUGAGGCCAUAUCAAGGGUAAAGGGUGAGUGGCUAUCGCAACGUUUCAGAGACACGUUCUUCCCAGAUGGCAAAGCUCUACGUCCUGGUUCAUUUCUGAGGAUGCCCAGUCUGGCUGGAGUCCUAGAGGCUGAUCUGUCAAACUUCUAUGAUGGGAACUUCUCACAAGAGAUAGAGGAUGAGGUGCGAGCUAAUGGAGGGGUCCUGAGCACAGGCGACAUCAGUAACUACAGUGUACAAGUGGAGCAACCAGUGGAAGGCCUGUACAAUGAAUUUAUUAUUCAAGUUCCUCCUCCCCCAUCGGUUGGUGCAGCACUGAUAUCAGCGCUCAACCUUUUGGCGGGCGUCCAUCUCAAUGAGAACAAUAACACAGAAAAUCAAACAAACCACUGGAUUGCUGAGGCUCUGAAAGCAACUUUGGCUACGGCCAGUGGUUUGGGUGACCCUAAAUAUAACUCUUCAGUGACUGAGCUGCUCUCUGACAUGCUGAGUAAGAGUCAAGCUGAAGUGCUUCGCCAGAGGAUCAAUCACUCCCAAACAUCUCCACCUGAGUCCCACUCUACUGUCCACUCUUUACAGACAGACCUGAUGACUGGACAAGUAGUAGUCAUGGGACCAGAUGACCUCAUUGUGUCAGUUGCAAGUUCCUUGAGCAGGCCAUUCGGGAGCAGAAUCAUAACUCGGUCCGGGGUUAUUCUCAACAGCCUCAUCCUUGACUUCUCCUGGCCGAACAAAGCCAGAGGGCAACUCUUAACCAACGAGAGAAACCGAGUCCAGCCAGGAAAGAGGCCCUUAUCACCUCUCAUGCCCACAAUAGUGGUGCCAGCGUGGCAUAAAUGUGGGAUCUACAUGGCACUAAGCAGUUCAGGUGGACAACAGAGUUUGAGUGUGAUCACCCAGGUGUUGAUCAGUGCUUCCCAUAAAGAGAAAAAUGACAGCCUCCCGCUAAUGGGACUCCAUCCCCAUCUUCAGCCCAGCAGACCUCCUGUUGGCCCUGAGUUUCCAGAAGAGGGUGUGCAGAUUUUGAAUGAAAAUGGCCACGUAGUUCAAAGACUGAAGACAAACUCUGCUGUCCACGGAAUCCUGAGGAACAAAGAUAUCGUCACGGCCAUAACAGUACCACAAUUAUCUGAUAGUUUAUCAUAGUUUUAUUGUUCUCAUUUUUUUUGUUUUACUUUUUUCAUAAAUAUCUUCCAAAGGCAUAUUAUAAAAUGGUAUAAGCUGCUGUUGCACUGUAUGAUGUGAGUUUAUGGUUGUUGUUCUCCAGUGUUUGAUUCUCUCAUGUUGUUGUGAUCACCAGCCAACAAAGGACAACAAGUACUUUAUAUUAAAGAAGGCAAAAUUGUUUAUUCAUAUAAAUUGUCUUAAAACCGAUUAAAGGAAUAUCCUCAUCAUACUUGAGCUCCAA